UCUUGGCUUUCGAUAGAUAUCUACGUACCUAAACUAUUUGAGCAAAAUUUUUUUUGUUUUUUGGUUCUCGUUUCUUGUGUUUGGCGUUUUUGUUUUUGUCUUCUUUUCAUUUUUCAUUUGGUUUUUCUUUGGUUUUCAUAUAUAAAUUAAAAAGACAGUAAAAGAAAAAAUCCUUAAUUUCAGAACAUUACAUCAUCCAUUCAUCAUCCUCCAUCCUCAUCUUUUUAGUUUAUUUUUGUGAGUGAAUUUUGUAUACGUGUGUUUCAUUUGUUGAAAAAACCAUCAUCGCACGAAAAAAUUUUUCAUUUCAUUUUCGCCAUUUUCGAUCUCACUCACUCACUCACUUUUUCGCUGGAUAGAUCGGCCUUAAAUCAUUUUCAAAGCCAAUUUUUUGUGCUUGUUAUCUUCUAAAUUAAACAAGAAAUAAUUUUGCUCUUUCUAUACAUUCAUCCCAUAAUUGAUCUCGAUCAAUUAAUUUAUUGAUUUUCUUUUUCACUUCACACACACAUCAAACACACAUACGAUUAACUUAUUUUUUCUAUCAAAGAAGCAUAUUUGGGCAAUUUGUUGUUGCUGUGUAUCAUCCAAUACACACCAAGAAUCAAAUUUUGUCAAAAUUAAUCGAAUUAUAUUGUAAUUUUAUAUAAUAUCGAUGCAUUUUGGACGAAAACGUUAUAUGUUUCAAAAAAAUAAAAAUACUAGAAAAACGACUAAAAUAUUAAAAAAUUUCUUUACAAACGUAUCAUCUAUAUCAUUUGAAAAAACAAAUCAAUUGGCUUUAUUAUUAAAAUUUGAAAAAAUGAUUCGUUUAUCAACAAGACAACAAAUGGUUGGUGGUGGUGGUUCACCACAAAAAUCAUCAAUGUUGAUGAAUAAUGGCUCUAAUUCUAUGAUGAUUGAUAAUCAUAAUCAUCAUCAUCAUCAUAAUGGAAAUCAUCAGAAUAAUCGAUUUCGUAAUAAAAAACAUGAUUCUUUGCAACAACAACAACAAUCCAAUAAUGUUAAUAAUAAUCAUAAAGCUAAUAAUAAUCAUCAUGUAAAAUUUCGUUCAUCACCACAACAUAAUCAUCAACAAUAUCAACAUAAUCAUCAUGCCAAAAUUAAUAGAACAUCUCCAUUGAAAGAAUUACAGGCAUCAAAUUCGAAUGUAAAAAAAUUCUAUGAUUCAUUGAAUGUUGAUAGUCAUUAUCAUCAUCAUCAACAACAUAAUCAUCAUCAUUCCAUCAUUGAUAGUAAUAAUAAAACAGAAAUGAUGAAAGAUUUAUUUGCUGGUUCGAAAUCUUUGGUAACACCAUCGCCUUCGGAUUUGCCUAAACCACCACAGAAUUGGAUGAAAAUUAUGAAUUACAAUAAUAAUAAUGUUAAUGUCAGUGAUGGUAUCAUUAACAAUAAUAUUGUUAAUAAUUUGGAUAAAACUAAGAAUGAUGAUUGUCAAAUAUCAUCAAAUGGCAGCAACACGACAAAAACAUCAAUUAAAUUUGAAGAUUUACUUGAAUUAAAAGCUAUGGAUACAAUUGUACGUUCGAUUGGUGCAAAUGUUGUUAAUUGUAGUGAUUCAAUGAUGAUUAAAACGAGAUCCAAAAAACAACAAUCAAGUCCAAAAAUAAUGGCCAUGUUUAAACAACAAUCACCGCAAUCGAUAGCAAUGGCCAAUAAUAGAUUAAUCAAACAAUAUUGAUAUCCAAUAUAUAUAAACAGUACCAUUAUUAUUUAUCUUUCUAUGAUAAUGAAUUUUUUGGUAUGUUUCUAUAUAAAAAAAAAUCAAAUUGGUACUUGUGUAAAGAGAUAUUAAUUUCGUUAACUGUACUAUACGUUCUUCAUUUGUUUAAUUUGUUUCUGGCAUUUCGUUUUAUUUUCUUCAUCAAAUCAUACAUAAUCAAUAUAAAGUACGACAACAACAAAAUAUGACGCAUCAAGAA